GGUGGAAGAAAAGUGAGGCAAACACAAGCACGCACACACCACUGGGAGAUCAGAUCUUCUAGCUGGCUCUCUGCUGCCACAGCUCCGCCGAAGGGAGGGGGUGGAAGAGGAGGACUAAACUCAGAGCUGAGAGGAGAGGCAGGUGUGUGCAGGUGCAUCACCUAGAUCAUGAGGUCACCCCUCUGCUGGCUCCUCCCACUUCUCAUCUUGGCCUCGGUGGCCCAAGGCCAGUCAACAAGACGACCAAGACCCGGGACUGGGCCCGGGCGCAGACCGAGACCCAGGCCCAGGCCCACACCCAGCUUUCCUCAGCCUCAUGAACCAGCAGAGCCAACAGACCUGCCUCCUCCCCUCCCUCCAGGCCCUCCAUCUGUCUUCCCUGACUGUCCCCGCGAAUGCUACUGCCCCCCUGAUUUCCCAUCUGCCCUCUACUGUGAUAGCCGCAACCUGCGAAAGGUCCCUGUCAUCCCGCCCCGCAUCCAUUACCUCUAUCUCCAAAACAACUUCAUCACUGAGCUCCCGCUGGAGUCCUUCCAGAAUGCCACAGGCCUGCGAUGGAUUAACCUGGACAACAACCGAAUCCGCAAGAUAGACCAGAGGGUGCUGGAGAAAUUGCCUGGCCUGGUGUUCCUCUACAUGGAGAAGAACCAGUUGGAAGAGGUCCCCUCGGCCCUGCCCCGGAACCUGGAGCAGUUGAGGCUGAGCCAGAACCACAUCUCCAGAAUCCCGCCUGGCGUCUUCAGCAAGCUGGAGAACCUGCUGCUCCUGGAUCUCCAGCACAACAGGCUGAGCGACGGCGUCUUCAAGCCCGACACUUUUCAGGGCCUCAAGAACCUCAUGCAGCUCAACCUGGCCCACAAUAUCCUGAGAAAGAUGCCGCCCAGGGUCCCUACCGCCAUUCACCAGCUCUACCUGGACAGCAACAAGAUUGAGACCAUCCCUAACGGAUAUUUCAAGAGCUUUCCCAAUCUUGCCUUCAUUCGGCUUAACUACAACAAGCUGACAGACAGGGGACUCCCCAAGAACUCCUUUAACAUCUCCAACCUGCUCGUGCUCCACCUGUCACACAACAGGAUCAGCAGUGUGCCCGCCAUCAACAACAGGCUGGAACACCUGUACCUCAACAACAACAGCAUCGAGAAAAUCAACGGAACCCAGAUUUGCCCCAACAACCUAGUGGCGUUCCAUGACUUCUCCUCGGACCUGGAGAACGUUCCACACCUGCGCUACCUGCGGCUGGAUGGGAACUACCUGAAGCCGCCCAUCCCGCUGGACCUCAUGAUGUGCUUCCGCCUCCUGCAGUCCGUAGUCAUCUAGGCCCUACUCCGCCAAGGGAUCUGCUCUGACCGCACUUGAAGGCUGGGGCCCAGGCGCCUGUGCCCGCCAUUCAUUUUCUCUCUCUCCCUUUCUUGCUCCCAGCUUUGCCUCCCUUAUCCCACCCUCGAGGCAGGGAAAAACCAUCUAUUCUUCUGCAGCCUCAGGAGCGAGACUUCCAAGGGCUCGGUUUGGUCCCACCCAGUUGAAAGACACCCAGUGCACACCCAAACUCCUGGCCUUCUGUGGUUUCCCUUUGUUCCAGAAACACAGAUGUGUCUAAAGACUUGGUGUCCCCUUCUCUCUCCUCCCCUACCCGCCACUCCUGGGUACAUCUGGGCCAUGGACUGACAUCUGAUCUUGGUCCUGGCCCAGCAAGCAGCCGGGAGGUAAGGUUCAGAAAGUCCCCCUGGGGACUCCUCCAUCUUGGGCAGCUCUGGCUCAAAGAGGCCAAGAAACCCAGUUCUCCUGGGCCAAGGAUCCCUUCUGGCAAAGCUGCUGCUCCGCGGCGCGGUUCCCUGGCACCAGAUAUCGUCCUGGCCCUGCUGGCCCGGGUCUCCGGAAAGGAGGAGCGAGGGAAUGACGGAGGUGGGGUGCAGGGUCAGGGCUGCCGCAGGGGCCUGCAUCUGGCCAGCAGGUCACAGGGAUGCGCAGGGGGGCCCCUCCUGUUCCAGAGUGAACAUAGCACACGCUCUCCUGGCUGGGCCUCAGGGGGAACAGCCAAGGAGAAGAAUGGCCCAAGGAACUAGGAAGCAGCCAUGGGAGAGGGGAGGGGUUCAAGCCCGGAUGGGCCCGCGUGGCGUCGAUGGGUCCUCCGGCCCCCUUGCCCAACCUCGGGUUUAGGGAGCAGCGUUCACAGUGUUUGUGUGGGGGCGGGGGAGGGAAGAGGCAGCAGCCCCGCCCCCGCCAUCUGUUCUCCAUCAGUGUGCGCGGCCCAGGCUUUUCCACCCCCGGGAGGCGGCUCCUGAGGAACAGGGAGGAAGGGGCGGAGCACCUGGACAUCUCCCAGAAGCCCCUCUACGUUUGAAAAUGCGCCUCCUCCCCGGAGACAGACGCGUGGGUGCCACCUAGUGGCUGGUGGGGGUAACAGCUGGCCCCAGUCUUAACGCCUGGCCCUCUUCCUGGAGUGAUUUUCCUCAGUGGAGGCGGCCCGUGGGGUCCCAACAUGGAAUAACCAUGAGCCGUAUGCAUGGUGUCGCUCUCCUCUAAGGUCUAACGGGCACUAACGUCCCCACGCUGGGCUCAUUCCCGUCGUGAGUGAGGGAGGUGGAUAAGAUUCUCCUGGCCCGGCGCGGUGGCUCACGCCUGUAAUCCCAGCACUUUGGGAGGCCGAAGCGGGCGGAUUAUUGCCUGAGCUCAGGAGUUCGAAACCACCCUGGGCAACAUGGUGAACACCCCCCACCCCCCGCCCGUCUCUACUAAAAAUACAAAAAAAAAAAAAAAUUAGCCAGGUGUAGUGGCGGGUGCCUGUAAUCCCAGCUACUAGGAGGCUGAGGUGGGAGAAUCGCUUGAGCCCGGGAGGCGGAGGUUGCAGUGAGCCGGGAUUGUGCCACUGCACUCCAGCUUGGGUGACAGAGUGAGACUCCGUCUCAAAAAAGAAAGAAAGAAAGAAAAAAAAAGAUGCUCCUCUGAGGUCCCUCCGGCACUCAUGUUCCGAGUCUGGGGCUCCACACCUUAAAUCGUACUCGAAUGCAGGACAAGUCCUAAAUAUUUGCCCCUUCCCUUGAGUAACUUAUUUUCUGUAUGGACUGUCCCUCCUCUAGAGGCUUCCCCACCCUCCAUGCCUGGCCCAGGUGAACGGCUUGGCGGGUCUCCAAGUGGAACCCGGUCCAGACAGGGCUGCCUCGACUUCACCUUCCCCCCUAACUUCCUCCAAGGGAUGCUGCCCCUUCUCCGCCCCCUACGUGUGUAUGUUGGUGGGAGGCACAGGGGAUGGAUAUUCUAGAAAUGAGUAAGACACAGUGCCCACCCCCAAGUUAGGAUGAAAAAUGUUCCAGAGGUUUUUAAGAAAUUGGAUUAAACUGGGUCCCUGACUGCAAGAAAUUCCCAUUAUGCUCCUUCUCACCUUUCUCUUUUGCUAAUUAUGGAAAAUACGGCCCAUUUCAUCAUAGCCUCCUUCCCCCAUGCUCCACUACAAUCGCCGCAUUCUUUUCUAGCUGCAGCUGGUUUCUCCAAGGCUCCUGCUUAAAGUCGAUGCAUUAUGGUGCGUUAUGGCCGAAAGCAACCUGGUGCUUCGGCCUGGAUAAGAGCCCCUUCUGCAUCUUAUUCACAGCUUGCAACCUCAGCCCCUUUGAUGAGGCCCUCAGGGGAGAGGUCAUUCCCUUGAUCCUGCAAACCCAGACUCAUUUAGCAGUAAAGCAAUCACCAUCAUCCCACUGCCCAAUCUAGAAGAUGUCUGCUCUCCAUCGCUCUCUGCAGCUCUAAGCCAAAGGGGAUUCAAGGUAAAUUGACUUUACAGGCUCCCCUCCCCAAACACACACACAAUGGGCUGGUUUCUUUUGAGUUUAAAAAAGCCCCCUUCUCCAUGCACAAGUUCAUUCCCUCCAUGCUGUUGUCAUCGACAUAUACAGGUGUGUAUGUAGGUGUACAUGUGUACUCUGCACGUAUAUCUCUUCUCUCUUGAAGACCGUGUUAACUUUGUGAAAUAACUUCCACAUUUCAACACGCUUCACAGUAGAGGAAAUAAAGUAAUAUGAAAAACA